AUGUCGCAACCACGCAAAGUUGUCAAUUUCAACCAAAUGCAAAGUGCCCCGAGUGACAAUUAUCUCGACCACAUCUUGGAUAGCGACGAAGAGGAGAGCGACGAAAAGAAUGAGCCAUACCUCCCACCAGACUUAUCGUCUGCUUCCGAGACUCCAGCCGCGUCAUCUGCUGAUUCCAAUUGUCUAACUUCUGCAUUGGAAACAGUCAAAAUGGAACAAUCAGAAGCUUCGCCAGAACCAGUGGAUGAAUUAACCAUGGAACAAGAAAUAAGGCGUCUCAGUGAUUCGGAUCGUCGCGUCUAUCAAGACUUGUACGUCGAGCUCCGUAAUGAGCACCGUCAAUCCGGAAAAUACUUUUUGUUUACCAUGGGAUUUCCCACCGAGCAACUCCGAGAAGGCGCAACGGAACAUGUGAACGGAUACACUUCAGAACAAGCUGUCCGAUUCCUCGCCAUGACAAAAAUGGCGGAGAAGCGCGGAAUAUCGGAAGAAAUGCAAAAGUCAAUUCCUAAACUUACCGAAGGAAUCGAAUCUGCAAUGGUGGGCCGUGCUGUCGGUCAUUAUGGGAUCUACCAAAUCAGCGACGUCGGAAAAAACUUUGUGAGUGCCGAGGCGUAUCACGAAAACUUGGAAGAAAUUUCUACACUCCGAAUCGAUGAAACUUCGACAAUCCUCUACAAUGGAGCACGCUAUUUGUUUUGUCUCGAUUCCCUGAUGAUUGGUGAUACGAUUGCCGUGAAAAAGAUAAGAAAUUCGGAAGGAACAAACGUUGUUCACACUUUCUGUCUGUUCCGCAGAUCAAUUGUGCAAAAUCAAACUUUGAAUAUCGGAAAAGCGAUGAGAGCAGUGGUUUUUGGAACCGGUGAAGUCGCUGCGCCAAAAGAUGAAUCCCACUCUGCAAUUGGAGUUGAAUCAAGCGUUCACAAUGGAGACGUUUUUUACCCAGUGAAGAUGAGAAUGAAUCGAGGACCAGAAAUCGCGAAACCCAAUCGGAACCUAGUCACCGCCAUGCCGCUUGUUUUGAAUUUUGAAAAAAAUCGAGAACUUUACAAUAUUGAAAACAGUUAUAGUCGAUCUAACUUCCAGUACAACGAGCAACUUGUGAAUUACUGUGGAGUGAUGGGAAGUUCGGCACUGGUGGCCGCCAGAAAAGGUCUAUUCGAUGGGCGCAAGCACUCAGUUUCCCGAUGGAGUUUCGAGAUGUUGACGUCUGGAGAUGCUGGCUUUUCAGUGAAAAUGAAGUUGCCCGCAACCGGGUUUCCAAGACAAUGGUUCCCAGGGAUGCCAAUUUACAUUCAAGAUGUAGGAAGAGGAGAGAUUACUCAAAAAUUGGUUAACAAAGCAGUGCAUGUGAUUGUGAAAGCAACUGGAGAUUUCGAUUCGACCAAGUUCGCUGACACUACGGUUCCUUCAAGAUUAGUUCAUCAAAUUGGAAAGGAACAAGUACCCCCGUGCUUGCAACCUGGAUUCUUUGAACAGAUGGCGGAUGGAUCGAAUGGAAAAAAGAUAAUCACGGCUUUGUUCGGAGGAUUGUCAAUUGGAGAGAAUGGAGUGUGUACCAAAAGAGAAGGAUACAGUAAGGGAAAAGUUUCAAUGCUUCCGUCUCCGGUUGUCCAAAUUUUGGAUUCCCUGCCACCCACCAACCAUAAGUAUUCAGUAACUCCAAACAAUGCUCAAGCAACCUAUAUCCAUCGAAUCAGCCAACAGAAAUUACCAAUCACUGUCGGUGCUUUUCCAAUUAUCUCAGGAAAGAGUACAACCGUUGCCAUCGCAGCCCACGAAGCAGCUACUGCUAGACCGGAAACUCAACAAAUUGUGUUCUUACCUGAUGAGAAUCGAGCCCGAGUUUUCGCAACACAUUUUGAAAAUGUUGUAGGAAAGGGAGCCGCCAAACCUGUUCGUUUCAUCAGUGUCAAACAGUGGAAGAUGCAACCCAGAUCAGAAGAUACCAGCAUUGACUACCCGGUUCUGUUGACGCAGUUUCUUCAGAAAUUAAUUUCUGAAAAUCGCACCGCGCGUACAGACCUCUCAGGAACAGCAAAGUCCUAUCUCAAAAGCAUGGGGAGUGACAAUAAACUUGAUGAAUACUGGCUGAAUAUCUUCUUUGAUAUGGUUCGCCCACAAAUUGUGAUCUCAACUUUUGAGUCACUGUUCUCCAAUCCCACCGUCCUCCAACAUCUCAACAACGUGUCGACUGUUCAGUUCGAUGACUCCGAUCAGAUCCCGCAAUCCGAUGUUGUCCAAACAUGCGUCCAAUAUCCAUUGGCAACUUACGGAUUGAUGGGAGACACGGCAAAAGACCACAUCGUCCAUGAAUGCUUUGGAUGUCAUCAAGGGCGUAUAUCAACAGGACAACUUGUUGAAAAAGCGACGGAAUGGAAAAUAUUUCCGACUGUAAAUGGAAAGGUGAUUUAUUCUGUGAACACCAGAAUCGCCGAAAUGAUUGGAAAGCUGUAUUAUCAAAAUGAUGAUUUCACUGGAUCUGAGAAAAUAGGAGAUGUCAUCCAAAUGCGAGGUGAUAUCUGGACGAAUGAGUAUCCAAUCAAAAUUGUCGAUCAUAAAUUUGGUGCUCAAAAAGAAGAUAAGGACUUGGUUCCAAUGAUGAUGAGUUUACUGCAGAAGCUUUAUCAGCCUCAAGAUGACCAGACUGCCAUUUCACCAGAAAAGAUCGGAGUGAUGUGUUCUACACAAUCUCAAAUGAUAAUUCUCUCUGAAAUUCUCAAGAAUUCAGGAAUUUAUUGUGGAUAUCUGGAAAGCUUCACCGGAAACCAGAAAGAAAUCGUAGUUGUUUGGGGAGCCGCCCAAAAAUUGAAGGGAAAAGCUGCAACAAUGGAGGAAACGACAUCAAUCAUAGCAUCUGCUAAACAGUCCAUCAUCAUUUUUGAUUCGGCGAAACACAUGGAAUAUAGAUCUGGAGACCGAAAAGGACGCGGAUGGGGAGAUCUUGUAAAAAUCGUUCAAGAAAAUAAUGGAUUGACGCAAGCAACGGUAAGUUAG